CAUGUUUAGACAGGCAGAUAUGGGUUGUAGGUGGUCUUACAGAACCAAAGACUGAUGAAAAAAUACCCCCAGUAGUCAACAAUGUUUAUGUCUAUGAUAUCCAAACAAACUCAUGGACAGAAAAAAAAAUCUUUACCUCGACCUUUAGCAUUUUGUAAAGUCUUAACAGUGCGAAGAAAGAUAUGGGUACUAGCAGGGUGCACUUAUAAGUCAACAAAAAAUACACAAAAACUUGUUAGUGUAUCUGAAGUUCAUGUAUUUAAUCCUACUAAUAAUAUUUGGAAACGACAACUAAAUCUACCCGGGCCCCGUCAUUCUGUAGCAACUUGUAAGAUUGGUAAUAAAGUUAUUUUGCUGGGAGGCAUGACAAGCUUGGACCAACAAGCUAUUCCUGAUCUUGACAUUUAUGAUAUUGAAGAGCAGAAGUUUAAAAAUGGUGCCACCUUCCCCUGUCCUCUGACAGGAGCUGUAGCCCUCGAGAUUCCUCAGGAACGGGAUUGGGUCAAGGCAAAGUGGUUUUGGGAAGAUCCUGAUAUUGAUCAACUCAACAGUGCUGCUACUACCAUACAAGCUGCAUAUCGUGGUUAUCAAACAAGAAAAAAAUAUAUAAUGAAAAAACAGACAAAUGUGGAGAUCCAGGAAAGAGAAUUAAAACAGGAUGAUUCUAUAGUGACUGUUGAGUUAUUUGACCCAAAAUCUCAGAAUACACAAUAUGAGUCAUUAGAGAGUUCUGCUGAGCAACUAUUUAUCCAGGAAGAAGUUUUCAAGGAUAUUGAGCACAUUGAAAAAGAAGACUUUCCACUGAAAAUUCAGUUGUCAGCCCAACCAUCUCAAAAGAAGGAUGUUUAUCGUAAGCAUGAUGAAGAAACUAUCUUUUUACUGUCAGAGGAAACACCUCAGAAAACAAAGACACAAUAUCAAACUCCAUGGCAUUCUGAAGAGCAUAUUUUUAUCCAAAAGGACAGUUCUUCUAAUAUUGAAUAUGAAGAAGAAGACAAUUCCUUGAAAAUUAAGAUAGAUGAUAAACUAUCUAAACGGUCACAACUUGAGAUACCAGUGGAAUCUGCUGAGCAGAUUUCAAUCCAGGUUAUUCCAGAUAAAUAUGAUUCUACAAUAUCAUCUGCUAAAGAAUCAUUUUUUACAUAUGAAGAGUCAACAAGCAGCAUUAAUUAUCAACAUAUGCAAAAAGCUCAUAUCCAUGUGCAUGAAUAUGAGGAAUUUUUCAGGCUUGUUCCACAAAUGGACCAAAACCUACGAUUGUUAUCAAGUUUGGAACAAGAAAGAACACCACCUAAGUCUUCAUUUCACAAGGAAGUUAAUUUUUUGCCCACAUUUGCUGAAAGUCUAAAAAGAAGCAAACAUAUUCAAGACAAAUCCUUCCCUGUUAUUGUGGCAGUAGGAGGCAUUGACCCUCAAAAUCCAAACAGUUUAGCUACUGGACAAACAGUUCUGAGAUAUCAUCCCUUCAAAGACAGGUGGGAAUUUUGUGGUACAAUGCCAGAACCUAGAAAUUACCAUGCAGCUGUGUUUUUGAAUAAUGCUAUUUAUGUUUCUGGUGGUUAUGACCCUGAAAGAAGAAAAUAUGGAGAAAUGGUGCCAUGUAAUAAAAUGUGGGCUUUUGACAUAAACAGUAAACACUGGGAGAAAAAAGCAAACAUGAUGGCAGCUCGAGCAUGUCAUGGAAUGGUAACCAUUCAUCAAAAACUCUAUGUUGUUGGUGGACGAGGAGGUAAUGGAAGAUUGUUAGCAUCUCUUGAAGAAUAUGACCUAACUGAUGAUGCAUGGCGCCCAGAAAGACCCAUGCUAUUUCCAAGGAUGGGAAUGAUGGUGGUUAUUUAUAAAAAAAUGAUUUGGGUGUGUGGGGGCAUAGUUGAGUGCUGUCCAAAUGUAAACAUAGCAUCAUUAGUCUCAAAUGUUGCUUGUUAUGACCCAUUAACAGAUCAGUGGUUCAGCAAACGAUCUUUACCUGAGCCUCGGGCUUUUGCCUCAGCUAUCAUUGUGGAUAAUGAAAUGUGGUUGUGUGGAGGCUGCACAGGAACAUCAUCUGCUGGAAACUACUUUGUUAGCUCACCGUCGAUUAAUGUUUAUGAUCAUGAAAGAGAAGAAUGGUUGGAAUACGAUGUCUUGGAUGUACCUAGACAUGCUGGAGCAGGAGUGAACUUAGACUCUUGCCUUUUCUUCAUGGGUGGAAUGAGUAGUCAGAGAUGGGGUGCUUUAGCUCGAAAUGAACUUUAUAUAAUUGAAGAUACACUGACAUCAGCUGAUGAUGAAGACAGCAAAGAUGAUGAUGAAAUACUUGUACCUGCUUCUCUGCCUACUCCACUAACAGGAUUAGUUGCAGUUGUGAUUCCAGCUGUCCAUCCUGCCAUGGGCAAAUCCAGUCUCUGUUCUCUGCUAAGGCGUAAAGUAACAAAUUACAGAUUACAAGAAGAUCUUGAGUCAACAAAGAAAUAAAAAAUUCUCAAAACUUUCAUAUUUAUAACAUUUAGUUUCGUUAUUUAUUUAUUUUGACUGUACUUUUGUAUAAUAAGUAAUGAAUAUUUGGGUUACCUAUAAAAAAAUUUUACAAUCAAACUAUUACACUGUUAUGUAUAUAUAUUUAUAUACAGAGAAACCUUGAAAUAUACAAUUAUUUUUGGAAUGAGAAAAUAGUCUAAGUGAGAUUGUAAGUGCUAAGAAAUAUCAAUAAAAUUAUAUUCUUUUAUCGUGACGUUACAGUAGUCUUAAAGUUUUAACAUU